UCAUGUUCAUGCCUUCAUUUUUCUAACUAACUUCACGCUUCGUGUUUAGAAACAAAUGUCGCGUUCGGAAGAAUUAAUAUCCAUUUAGGAUAUUUUUGCGAAAUAAACAUUUCGUGUAAUCUUUGUGUAAUUGAUAAUUAGUUUAACAAAAUCAUGAAUGUAGUAUUCGGUGAUGUCGUUGCCGGUGUCUCAGUAUGAAGCCCUAUUGGCUGAGAUGCGCGGCCUAAGGCGGAAGGCCCAGCGCGUUCAACAAAUCGCCAGACCACUAUUACAAGGUGAAUCUUCACCUCUGUCAACAUAUUCCUUGGACGGUGCUACAGGACUGAGGGAAUUCAGGCCCCGCGCUGAACAAUUUUAUAAUGAUGGAUCUUCUGAACCUCUAGAUUACACAAUGGAUACACUACUUCUAGGACGACAUAACGCAACAUCACCAAAUUACGACCAUGGAGUUGCAAGCAGUGUUGAAGGGGACACAACAUGCAGUGAAGACGAAUACGGGGGAGCCACUAGAAGUAGUACUAAAUUAUCAGUUAGUAGCGAACCCGCUCCCGAUACAAACCGAAUGGGUGCUUUAUAUCACGGUACCUGGCCUGUAGAAAGAACCAUGUGGAACUCCGAACCCUCCAGUUUAGGAGUCAAGGCGGAUGCUCAGAAUUCUAGAAAGAAUAUCGGAAAUCAAAUGGCAAUGGAAGUAACGAGUGUAAUGAGCUUUGCAUCAAGCUCAGGAGGUGCGCCUUUAGAUAGGGUUCUUGGUAGCCCUGACAGGAAUAAAUGGUCUUCCCAGCAGUUAGAAGCUAAAAUGGAUGUAGUUCAUAGUCUCCUGUCAAUGUUAGGAGGACAAGAUCACGUAGAUAUGGGAGAGACUCUCCUAGCUCUGAGUUCCUGUCCUGAAAGUUGCCUUGCCAUGCGUCAGUCAGGUUGUAUUCCCCUUCUAGUACAAUUGGUACAAUCAGAUCGAGAUGGUGAGACUAGAACGAAAGCUGCACAGGCUCUACAUAACUUAGUACAUUCUCAACCAGACGAGAAAUUAAGAAAACGAGAAAGUCGUAUACUCAAACUGUUGGAACAUUGUAGAGCUUAUGUUGAAGCUGUCAAAAAUAAUAUGGAUUUUCAACCAGCCGAAAAAUCAGAAGAUGGUGAUAAGCAUCCUGUACAAACAGUGGCCCAUCUUAUGAAAUUGUCAUUCGAUGAAGGACAUAGACAAGCAAUAUGCCAGUUGGGUGGGAUACAUACAAUAGCAACAUUAGUUGAGGUGGAGCAUUCCAUGCACAGUAGCACAUCAACAGAAUCCCACUGUAUAUUGAUGCGUAGAUACGCUUGUAUGGCACUGACUAAUCUCACAUUUGGUGAUAGUGGCAAUAAGGCUUUAUUAUGUUCUUUUAAGGAAUUUAUGCGUUCCUUAGUUAUUCAACUUCAAAGUCCUAGUGAUGAGUUAAGACAGGUUACAGCCAGUGUUCUUCGAAACCUCUCCUGGAGAGCCGACUCAACCUCAAAAGAGAUUUUAAGAGAAGUAGGUUCAGUAACAGGAUUAAUGAAAUCGGCCAUGUUAGACAACAAAGAGAACACCCUGAAAUCAAUUUUAUCCGCACUUUGGAACCUGUCAGCUCAUUGUACAGAAAACAAAUCAGAAAUAUGUUCCGUGGAUGGUGCUCUUGGAUUCUUAGUAGACCUACUAACGUAUAAAACUCCUACCAAGUCGCUUGCCAUUAUAGAGAACUCAGGAGGAAUAUUGAGAAAUAUUUCCAGUCAGAUCGCGGUCAGGGAAGACUAUAGAGAAAUUCUCAGGCAGCACAAUUGCCUUCAGAUAUUGUUAGAUCAACUGAAAUCCCCCAGCUUGACGAUAGUUAGUAACGCUUGUGGUACAUUGUGGAAUUUAUCUGCAAAGUGUCAAGUAGAUCAAGACGCUUUGUGGCAAAUGGGUGCUCCGAGCAUGUUACGUUGUUUGAAUCAUUCCAAACACAAGAUGAUAGCUAUGGGAUCAAGUGCUGCGUUGAAGAAUCUGUUAAGUGCCAAGCCCCAACAAAUGUUUCAGCAAGAUUUGGAUGCCACAGCUUUGAGUUUGAAUCUUCCGACUCUACCUACCCUUGGUGCUAGAAAACAAAAAGCGCUGCUUCAAGAUCUAGAUUCCAAUUUGACAGAGACAUAUGAAAAUAUUGAAAAGGAUUCCCCAGUAAAAAAGGAAUCGAGAAGAAAAUCGGAAGUUCAGGAAUUAACCAAUAAUUUCUCAAGUCUUAAUUUAAACGAGCCUUCAACGAGCUUUUCUUCGGAUCCUAGGAUGGCUCCUAGGAUACCUCAGACAUACGGUAGUACCAGUUUACCGUAUAAAAGACCAAAUUGUACAUUCAUUCCUGUUAGAAAUAAAUUUUCGGAUUGCGCGUAUGAUGAUGAAAUCGACGUUUCUGACCAGCCCAUAGACUAUAGCAAAAAAUAUUCUGAAACUAAGGUGCCAACUGUGGAAAAUCCAAGUACUUCUACAAGCAAAGAACACGAGUAUACUUACACCAAAGCAAAAUCUGAUAAAGACUCAAGUUUUAACAUAUAUGCGGAAACGGAUUUGGAUCAACCCACUGAUUAUUCCUUGAGAUAUGCCGAAGACGAUUCCGACUCAGAAAUUGCAAAAAAUGAAGACACGAUCAAAACCUACUGUACCGAAGAUACUCCAUAUGAGACCCCAUUUAAUUUUUCUACUGCUACGUCCAUGUCCGAUUUGAGGAUAGAUGAGAAACCAGUUAUCGAUAAUGAUAAAUUGAAGGAUAGAGAACAUAAAAAUAGUAAAAAAAUAAGCGAAAGUCCAGAAGAAAAGGAAAGAUGCAGCACCGAAGACAUUUCCGACCUUGACCACCGAACGAAAUUGACAGAAAAAAUCCCAAAAUCUGAACUUAGUUCCGGUCUAAUGUCGCCAGAGAAACCAGUUAAUUAUGCAGAAGAGGGCACGCCCGGUUAUUUUUCGAGGGUUAGUAGUUUCGGUUCUUUAACUUCCAUACCUGCAAACGAAAGAAUCAAAGAAACCAAAGAGAGUGAAAACAGGAAUUUGGAGAAUGUAAAGAAUGUGGAGAAGAUAUCGACGAAAUCAUCCGUGGAAACCAAAGCGGUGAAAUUUGAAAGGGUAGUGAACUAUGCAGAAGAGACGCCCCUAAUGUUCUCAAGAUCCAGUUCAUUGGCGUCUUUAGAUAGUAUAGAACAACACUCCAUUCAUGAUGAUAGAAGUUCAGUAGUGUCUGAUUUCAGUCGCUUAACCAGUGGAAUCGUGUCUCCUAGUGAACUUCCUGAUUCACCGACUCAAACAGUUCCACCAAGUCCUAAGCCGAGGAAAACAUCGCCAGAAUUUCCCUCUAGCUCAAAGACAAGAAUAACCUCAGAAAACAGACCUCAACCCGCUGCUAGAACUUUACCUAAACCAAGUGUUUUUGAAGACAACGUAACUAAAUUCAAAGAAGAAAGUACACCGAUUCAGUUUUCGACAGCGACAAGCUUAAGUAGUCUCACCAUUGACGAACCAGAAGAUAAUAUUGAGCAGGCCAUUGGAAUAAAACCUGAAGAGAGCAUCGACGAAGAAAAAGUCGAAAAUGAAGAGGUAGAGAAGAAGGACGAAGAAAAGGAAACAGCUAAUUCUGACAUUAAUGAUGAAUUUGUAGUGGAAUCAGACGUCGAUGAAGACAUUUUAGCGGAUUGUAUUAGUAUUGGAAUGCAAAAUAACAGGCACAGUCAACCCAAAUCUAUUCCAACUUCAACUCCGACCAAGUUACCAAUUUCAAGCUUCAAAUACACGCCCAAAGCAGGUCCCAACACUGGAAUUCCAAUGCCUAGGAUGAAUUCAAGAGCGCAACAGCCUAAUACUUCAAGAUUAUCAAAUUUUGAUAACGCCAUGGGUAUUCCAGGAAAUCAUGUAGACACCCUGCGGAUGUAUUGCACCGAAGACACGCCUGUAAGAUUAAGCAAUGCUGCAUCGAAUUCAGAUUUAAGUUUGUUAUCAGUUUCAAAUGGUAAAGAAGGUUCUAGAAGGGGAGAUUAUUUAUCUGAUGAUAGCAGUAAUCUAUCAGGUGAAAACGACAACAUUCUUGCCGAAUGCAUCCAAUCCGGCAUGCCGAAAGCUAAAAAAGAAUCGAAAAUUCCUGCCAACACCAAACCGUCGAUACCGUCUUCACUACCCCGACGUAGCAUUCCGUCUAGCGGCGCCUCCGCCAAAUUCUCUCCCGUCCCGCUCGCAGGAAAUUCGAGAAGAAGCGAAGCCCCGAAGAUGCACCCCGCGGAUUUAAAUAGAAGGGAUAAUUCGCUACCAGUGUAUCUGAAUGCGGCGAGAGACGAGGUGGAAAACUACGCAGUGGAAAAUAGCCCAUGUCAUUUUUCGUUGAGAAGUAGUUUGAGCGAUCUGACAGUGGACGGAAGUGUAGCUGCAUUGAAAAGGAAUGGUGGAAAUCAUUGUGAAGGACCUUCAAAUAAAUCUGCAACCCAGGACUCAGAAACAGGCAAUGUCAACACUUCUCACGAACACAAUGUCAGCCAACAGUCCAGAAGAGAAUCCCUAUCUUCCAUUAGUGUAGAAUCUUUGGGCUCUCUAGAGGCCGAACAAGCUCUUUUAGCACAAUGUAUUUCCUCUGGAAUGCCUAAAAGUCACUCAGAAACCAGAUCUAAGCCCUUGGAUAUACCCAAUUCUAGAUCACAACCGAUGAACCCCGUAUCGCACUCUUACGAUUCAUCAAGUCCGCCAUUACAUGACCACCAUCCAAAAAACGUGAGUGCUGCGUCUGUUGCCGGGAACACACAAGAAUUGCCCACCAGCAACUUGAUCUACAACGAAGAGGAUCCAGCAAAUCAGUCCAGCGCGGUAGCAGGCGUAGAAAAAAAUCCAGAAAUCCUACAGGAGAACGUGACAAAGGAGGUGGCGGAGAAAGAGGCGAACGAUCGACGUCGAGAAGUGCGAGAGAGAACAGAGAUCCUAAUAAGGAACAGCCUCACAGGUACAUCACUGGCCAAAUGCUCGCCUACAGAAGAGAUCUCAUUCCCAGAAGGGACGAAGAAUGGAUCUAGAAAUUCGUUGCACAAAAUUUUAGACGUGAUGGAAGACAGACUAAUUCGCAGUUGUGAUGAUUCUAAAGCAGUCGAUAACAGAAUGCUCGAUCCGGAUGCGAUGAUCGAAUCCCUGGAUAGAUUUACAGCAGAACUGGUAUCACAGGCUAGCCAUCUGAACAAGGACGAAAAUUAUAAGGUAUCCACAGGUGAUAACACUUGGAAUGAAGAAGUAUCACCAAAUGAUGUUACCUUUCCAAGUAUUUCCGGUAGUGCUCCCAACGUUAUUACGUUCAGUAAUGAAGAAGAGGAGAUUGUUGAAGAAUUGAGAGUGGACGAAUUAAAGGAGGACUUACUAGAUGAAGGAAUCCCGUCCAACGAUUUUUCUUCAAUAAACACAUCAACAAUGACAGACAGUACACUAAUAGCAAUAGAAGCCAGUAAAAUGGCUACAGCGUUUAAACAAGAAGCCGAAAUGUCCACGAGCAUAACAAGCGCAGCUUCUCUAGAGUUAGACCACGUUCAGCCUCCAUCAAAUAUGAAUUCAUUAACAAACAGUGCAGUAGGACUACCUAGAAGCCCUAAAUUACCCAAAAGGAAAAAAUCGUUGCCUCCUUCGUUGAUGGUCCGAAGAGCUUUGAGUAAUUCGCUAAAUAAUGGUUCAAGUUUGGAAAGCCUGUCCAAUUUGGAUCACAUUAAUCCUCCCUCUGACCUUCUAUUUGACAUGGAAGGAAGUAUGACCAGUGUUGCAAGUUUGCCCAACGACCAUAGAGCUGAUUUUCUCAUUAACGGUCUUAUCAACAAUCCACAGAGCACUCAACAUCCGAUUUUUGAUUUGAAGCAACCUUUUAGCGAAUUAGAAAACAUCAACCCACCAUCGCUUUUUAACGAGAUCACAGACUUCUGCAAUUCUUUGGCGGAUGUUCCGACAGAAGGGAUAGGCAGCGAGACUGAGAUUUUUGAAGACUGCUUUACUCAUGUCGUUGAUGAAGAUGGUACUGCGGCCGAUGUAACCAUUGCCGAAGAUAUGGUGGAUGGUACAGAUUCAAUAAUGGAAACUGCAUUAGACAACGACGAAGAUGAAGUUACCCUAUUUUCCGAUGCCAGGAGCAGUAUAGAAUCAACACCAAAGAAAAUACGAAGUUUAAGUAAAUCCAUGACUACGAAACAACGGAGAAACCAAGCUAGAGAUCGUUACAAAACCUACACAGUAGCCGCGGAAAUGUUAAUGAGGGAAGAUAUUGAAAAACAAAGAGAAAUCAGUGAGCAUAGUACGUUAACAUGUACGGAACAAUUUAAAAGUGCGACGGAAGGUUAUAGAACUGCAACUUCUGAUAGUAGACUGGCAGAUGCCGAGAGUAAUAGUAAUAGUUACAUCAAUUCACCUACAUAUAGUUCCGGAAAAGAAAAGCUAACGCCGAAAGAAAGAAGACAGUUAAAUAGAUCACGUUUCGAAACACAAGUAUUAGACCAAGCCAUAACCGAUAUUCUCCAACAACCUGUGAUACACACCGUAGACCCCUCCGAAGUGCCCCAAUUAAGUUCCAACUCAAAUAGCUGUUCCUCUUCUCCAGCACAGAGCCCAGCUAGAACCAAACUAAGUAUUAGACGAAACUUUAUGCAAAAAAGACUAGAAAAUAGAGAAAGGUUCAGGACGAGAACUAUAAGUGAGUCUAGUUUUUCGCCCGAAAUUUCUUCUGCGUCGCCUCCCUUAAAUGGUGAAUCGGAAGUACAAUUGCAUUUACAGAAGGAAGCUAACAGGGUCUUGAAAACAUUGCGAGAUACAAAAACCCAAGAUGAACUCCUAGAUUGUGAGACUUUGAGUUUAGUGAGCAAUGAUGACGAUUCGGAAUACAACUCUGGAGGUUCUGUCAACUACAGAACGUAUCACAAGAGUUGGGGAUUGAAGAAAAAUGUUCCUGUUAUUACCAAUAUCAAGACUAACGAAUUGAAUAAUCAUCAAGCCGAAACUAGUCCUGUGGAAGAAGUCAAUUCUGAUGAUGAAAACAUUGAAAAUGAGUGCAGAGUAUUCGCCAAACCGAAAAUAGUAAAACCAGAAGGUAGGGUUAUCACAGAAGAAGCUCCAGUUGAAGAAGUGCCCAAAGGAAUAAGAGGCCGUAGAAAACCACUUUAUUCCAAAACCAUUACCAAUUCAACACCAAAGAAUAUAAAACCAGUCAGGAAUAUGACCUCCAAUUUAGUGAAAAACGUCACAUCGACGCUUAAAUCCGGGACGGCUUUGAAAGCCGUGGUUUCGAGGCAAAACAAAACUGUAACCGCACAAACACAAAGUAGAACAUCGAGUGGAUAUGGCAGCAGAAGCGUAUCAAAUUCAAUGUCGCCAAAAACGAGUCCUGCACGAACACCAGCAAGCAGUAGAGGUAGUCCGAAACAUGUGGCCACCCCCAAAGCGACGAAUUUUAAUCCAUUAAAGGGGACUCCACCCUUAGACCGUCAAGGUACAUUCACAAAGGACGAACCAAAUUCAAACAGUACUGCACCUUCACCUACAGUUACCAAAGCUACCAGCAAAAUUCCCACAGUCUCCAAAAUUCCAGCCUUCGCAUCUAAAAUAGCUUCUAAAAUAACAUCACCGUCUUCUAUCUCUAAAUUACCUGGGAAACCACCCAUAAGCACAACGAGAAAUGGUUUUACAAAAUCUGCCAGUUCUGAUAGAGCAAACAAGAAUCCUAAAGUGUAUAAUAGGUCUACAAGUGCGGACAGUAGAGAGCAGAAUACCAGGAAGAUUCAUGCGAGUCCUUCAAGUCAAAGCUUGAAGGGAGAAGGGAAGCCUCAGCAGAAUGGGGCUGUGAAGAAGUCUUCGAUACCCAGUCUUACUCAAAGAUCUAGUAGUAAUACUAGUUUAAAUUCGAGCGGUAGUGCAAAUUCAAAGAAGCAAGUAACCAGUAAGAUUGCAAGUUUGUGGAAGAAGAUUGAAGACAGUAAAAAACAGACACCUAAACCAGACACUCGAGUCUGGAUUCAAGCUGAAAGUGAAAAUGAACCUCCUCGUUUAAUCAGGAGCAACACAUUUGACAAUAAAGAUGGGUCAGGAUUGAAAACACGUUGUGAAACUGAAGAGAAGCGCAUUUCAAGGUUGGACUCUUUCGUUAUAACAGAUGGAGGUGGGGAUGGAGUUACGACUGAUAGUUUUUAAUUUAGUUUCAAUUUAGUGUUCUUUUAAGGGCAUUCUUUAUUUUUAGCAUUUUGUCUUUAUAUACUGUGAAUUAUUUAUUGUAGAUACAUAUAAACUAUACAGUGCUUUCAAUUUUUUUGAUUAUUUGGGUUAUUGUGUGUACCUUUUACUAGAUUUUGUAUUAAAUUAAUGUGAUUUGAAAUCGGCCCAUUUUGAACUUUUUACUCGAACUAUAUUUUUUUUUUAGAAACUAUUACUCGGAUCAAAAAAGGGGUUAGGUUGUUUGAAAGAUAAUUUAAUAUGCUUUAAUAUGAGUACACAUUUAUGAAAAUUUAUUUCGACUUCUUAUGUUUAACAUUGUAAAAUUCAUCAAGAAAAUUAACUUUAUUGCUAACACAAAAAGGGUAUUUGACAAUUAAAAAUAUAACAAUUAAUGUUUUAAGGUACUAGUACACUUUAGAAGACCAAAAAUAAACAUUUUUUCAAGAUUUUUUUGCUCAAAACCUUUAUUAAAAAUGAACAUAAAACUUUUUACAUAUGAGUUACAUAUGUAACUCUUAGAGAAUACAAAAAUAUAUCUUUUUUUUUAUUUAUGCACGUACACUAAUAUUGUAGAGGGCGCCAAAUUCGAGGCCUCGAAAAAAGUGGUUCCGAUGGCGGACAGUUAAUCUCAGGAUUGGGAUCUCUGGGAAUUCAACCCAUAAAAACUGCUGUUUGUUAGAAAUAUCUAAAAGGGCUAUCUAAAAUAAAAAGUACUGUACCAAUUGCAUGCAAUUUUGAAAAUUUGCAUGAGCAUUUAUUAUAAGAAGAAGUACAUGUAAAACAAUUUUCAUAAAAAAAUAUUGAAAAUUAAACGAUUUAUGCGCCAUCUACUGACACCGUGAAAAUAAAAACAUAGACUUUAACUAUUUUAAUGGGAAAUAAGCCACAAUAUUAUUAAAAAUGAUUUUUAUUAACGUUUCGACGCCCAAAUCGGGUGCCGUUGUCAAAAUACAAAAUAAUACUAACAUAAACAAAAAUGUUGUUGCUUAGUAAAAAAAUUCUUCUAAUAAUUUAUUUAAUUUGACUCAUUUAUAUCGGCAAUUGAGAUACGCAUGAUACAUUUUAAAGUAGAAGACUUUAAAAUGAUAUUGCCAAUAUUUAUGAGUUGCGUUCCUGGGACGACUUUACUGAAAGAUAGUUCAUUCGAUUACAUGAAAUCAACCCCAACUCAAGAAUAUCCGUCACAAAAAAUCAUAGUAUGUGAUCUGUCUUUAAAAAGAAAGAGGAAGUCAAUAGAAAGAAAAUACCACAAUUAGUAAGUCAAUAGUCGAGUUAGUACAUAAUUUAUAUUUUAGUAUUACUUAUAUAUCCAUGUAUUAUUGAUAUUAUUUAUAAUUUAAACAAAAUUAUAGUAAAGUCAGAAUUUGGUAUUAAUUUUGAGAGUAAAUUAAAUGUAAAACCAAAUACUUACAAUGUCGGGAUAGUAUCACGAGGUUUUUCCUGGUUUUCCCUCGUGAUUUACUAUGAAAUCUCUAACGCGAGAAUUUUAAUGUCACAGUUGCAUAUGGUUGUCUUUUUAAAGACAGAUCACAUACUACGAUUGUGACGGAUAUUCUUGAGUUGGGGUUGAUUUCAUGUAAUCCAAUGAACUAUCUUUCAGUAAAGUCGUCCCAGGAACGCAACUCAUAAAUAUUGGCAAUAUCAUUUUAAAGUCUUCUACUUUAAAAUGUAUCAUGCGUAUCUCAAUUGCCGAUAUAAAUGAGUCAAAUUAAAUAAAUUAUUAGAAGAAUUUUUUUACUAAGCAACAACAUUUUUGUUUAUGUUAGUAUUAUUCUGUAUUUUGACAACGGCACCCGAUUUGGGCGUCGAAACGUUAAUAAAAAUCAUUUUUAAUAAUAUUGUGGCUUAUUUCCCAUUAAAAUAGUUAAAAUUGUAAAAAUGCCCCAAGAAAAUAUCUUCAGAACAACAUUAAAAAACAUAGACCCACUGAUGCAGUGAUUGGGGCUAAUAGAGAUCCUGAAACAUAAAAUUUCAAAGUGAUUAUUGAAAUAUAAGUAAUUUCCUAUACCGUCAACUAGGAUUUUUGACAAAUAUUGAAAUUUGGAAAAAUGACGAAGUGUUGAAAAUUUUUUUUUUAAUUAGCUAAAACAUUUUCAUUUUCAAAAACCGCCAAAUUGACAUUUUUUAUCUGUUCAAAAAACCCCUAGUUGAUGGUAUAUAAAAUUACUUAUAUUUCAGUAAUAACUUUGAUAUUUUAUGUUUCAGGAUCUCUAUUAGUCUCAAUCACUGCAUCAGUGGGUCUGUUUUUAUUUUCACGGUGCCAGUAGAUGGCGCAUAAAUCGUUUAAUUUUCAAUAUUUUUUUAUGAGAAUUGUUUUACAUGUAUACUUCUUUUUAUAAUAAAUGCUCAUGCAAAUUUACAAUUUAUACAGUACUUUUUAUUUUAGAAACUCCCAAAAAAAGUAUAUGAAUUUCGUACUUUUACACUAGGAUAUCCCUUAAAUUAUCUUUCAAAUAGUAUAUCCCUUUUUUUGAUUCAAUUAGUUUCAGUAAUAUAGUUCAAGUCAAAACUUUAAAGUGGGCCGAUUUUUAUGCACGUAAGUUUAUUAUUUUUGAAGAACUUUUUCAAACUUAGUAAAGUCAAUAUAUUGAGUGUUAUGGUAAAUUUGUAACUUUUUUUGCAUUGUGAGAAGUCUAGUAAAACGGUUGAUGUUAAAUAAAUUAACCUAUUUUCAAAUGUACUCUUAAAAUAUUGAACAAUGUUUUUCUUAAUUUAAUUUAAGCCAUGAAAAUGUAUUUCUAGUCGCAGUUAUUUUGAAUAAGACUGUAUAUUGUAUUUAUUUAGGUAGCGUUAUACUGUUCCCGUGAUAACUUAGUGUAAUUUGUAUAUACAUAAUAAAAGAAGAAGUAGUUAGUGAUAGUUUUUUAAGAUUUGUAUUUCCUUUCGAUUUUUUAAUUAGCGAGCCACUGCUGAAGCUCGCUAUUCUAGUUAGAGGCUGUUUUUUGUCAUAUAUUCUAGAUAAAGUCGUUUAUAUGAAUAAAUAUGCUUUUAAGUUCAA